GAAUCUACUCGAUCUUCAAACAGUAUACACCAUUUUAAAUUGUUUUUAACAUUUUAAAUAGGUAAUCUAUGGUAACUGUUACUGUGUAUGUAAUGCACGUAGAUAUUUUUUUUAUUAAAUCUAACAAUAUUCAUGUGCUUCAAGGAGUUUGUAAACAUAAAACUCAAUCUAUGGUGAAUAAUAUAAUUGAUUCAUUCGGUUUUCUUACUUAAGUAGUAUCAAGUUUUAGUAGUUUUGGAAAAUUCUUACAGUGUUUUGAAUUAAUUUAUAUCCGUUUCUAUAACAGUCAAAAUGUCUUUGAAUCAAUUUGUAAUCUUUUUGAGAGAUUUAAUUCCGUUUGUGUCUGAAAUGAAAGAAACGUUUCAAAAUUGGGUAAUGCUAAAUGAACACCAACAAAAUCAUUUAAAGAACUUGGUCGAACAGGAUACCAGUACUGAAUUCAUUAAGCCAAUGCUUCUGGCAUUGGAAGAAUGGGAUAGCCUGCAAAGAUACGGAGCGCCUGGUGUAGACUUAGAUUUUGUUGCUUGCGACAAUACAAGCCUUCAGGAAGUGGUGAAAACUAGUGUCUUUUUGAAUGAAACUAUACUUCAACUUAGUAAAAUGGAUAUUAAACUCAAUUCGACUAUUAUGGACUAGAUUUUUAAUUUCAGGUAAAAUGUUGAUCACAAAAUUAUUACUGAAAAAUAUUUUUUGAAAAAAUAAU